GGUUCGGGGGGGCUGGGCAAGGCGCCGUGCGGGGCCUCUCUGUUGUCUCUGCCCUCACCCUGUGCUUGUCGUUGUAGAAUGAAGACCAUUCUCAGUAACCAGACUGUCGACAUCCCGGAGAAAGUCGACAUUUCUCUGAAGGGCCGGACAGUUAUUGUGAAAGGUCCCAGAGGAACCCUGCGCCGAGAUUUUAACCACAUAAAUGUAGAACUCUCCCUCUUGGGAAAGAAGCACAAGAAGCUACGUGUUGACAAAUGGUGGGGUAACAGAAAGGAGCUGGCAACAGUUCGAACAAUUUGCAGCCAUGUUCAAAACAUGAUCAAGGGUGUCACAUUGGGCUUUCGUUACAAGAUGAGGUCUGUGUAUGCUCAUUUCCCUAUCAAUGUAGUUAUACAGGAAAAUGGAUCACUUGUGGAAAUCCGUAACUUCCUGGGAGAGAAAUAUAUCCGCAGAGUGCGCAUGAGACCAGGUGUUGCCUGUGCAGUAUCUCAAGCCCAGAAGGAUGAGUUGAUUCUUGAAGGGAAUGAUAUUGAAUUGGUAUCCAACUCAGCUGCCUUGAUCCAGCAGGCCACUACAGUCAAGAACAAGGAUAUCAGAAAAUUCUUAGACGGUAUCUAUGUUUCUGAGAAGGGAACAGUACUGCAGGCUGAUGAAUAAAACUAUAUAAUAGUUGUCUAGAUUCUGAAGCCAUGAGCGGGACAUCUUUAACUUUCUACUUAAUACAACAAGUACCAAAUGGGAAGUCAUGCUAAGAAUAAAACAAAUAUUCCACA